GCUUCGCAUUCCUCCUCGCAGUAACAAAACCUGUGAAAUGGCAGGUGGAGAGCUGAGCUUCAAUGCAGAGAAGUUCUUUUCCUUCUGACACAGCGGGAUUUGGGCUUUGCCAGUUGACAGGGCAGGAUUUUCCAGCAGGGAAAGCAUAGCAGGGAGGCGCAAGCACGUUGUUUCAACCUGCAAGACAGUUCCUGAGGAGUUACGAAGUGUGAGUUUGCAAACCGCUCCCUUUUGGAAACUUCAUUUGUGGAAAGUUUGAGAGUUGCAUUCUGCAUUAAGAAGAGCUACCUUGCUGACCAGUGCUGGAAUGGCGGCUUCAUCUACCUGAUCAUGUUGCGUCGCAUCAAGCGCAAGGCUCCUCUUCCUCCAUCCAAUGGCAAUAACAGCAACAGCAGUGAACCCAAAGCCAGGCCUACCUCUGAGCCCAGCGGGAAGACAGCUCAAAAUGGCAAAAGGACUAGGAAGUUUGGCGUCAUUACCCGAACCCCUCCCAGCGGUAAGGAAAGCAAAGGCAGCAGAAACAGCCCCAGAGUGGAACAUGAAAAUGGGCACUGCAGCCUGGAUGGGUUACAUCCAGAGGGAUCCAAGCCAGAGAGCAGCACAGAGAAUGGACUUCAGAAAGCAGACUCUCCUUUCCUGGCAGGGCAGUACCGGUCUCGCCUUUCAGAUGGAGGGAUUUUAGACCUCAGUUCAAGUGAAUUGUCCCUAAAGCGCGAAGGCUGUCGGAUCUGGAAGAUGACCAUGAUGAAGGGGACAGACGGGCUGGGGAUCCAGAUCACUGGAGGCCGUGGAUCGAAACGUUCGCCCCAUGCCAUCAUUAUUGCCAGCGUGGAAGAAGGAGGCUCUGCCCACAGGGAUGGCAGACUGAAAGUAGGAGAUGAGCUUCUGAUGAUCAACAGCCACUCCUUGGUUGGUCUCUCCCAUCAAGAUGCAGUUGCUCUUCUUCGGUCGGCUGAAGGCCUUGUGUACUUGGUUGUUUCCAGCAGGGAAGGGGCAGACGAGGACUUUCUCAGUUAUCCAUCUACAAGUUUGCCAGACCUAAUUAGCACUUGCUCUGCUCAAGAUACGGCUCCCUGGACUGACAAUAAAGAGAAUGAAAAGCCAGAGGAAGAGGAGGAAGCCAAAGGAAAGCUCGCAGUGCCAGAAGUCUUGGAACCUGUGACAGAUACAGACAAGUCUCCAGAUCUCGCUGGUGCAGAGGGAUCCAAAGAAAACUGUCAAAGCCCAACUCUUGGAGGAGGUAUAUUGAAGUAUAGAAGCCGAUCCCAAGGGGCAGCAACUCGUUUAGAAUCCGUGGGAGAAGAUGAUGAGUUGACAGUGGAAAACGGAGAUGUGAAUUAUGAAAUAGCAGUGAAAUAUUCCCGAGGAGGGAGAAAGCACUCUCUUCCGCAGCAUCUGGAUACAGGAACCAGACAGGAGUACCAUAUUGUUAAGAAAUCCACCCGCUCAUUGAGUGCCGCUCAGGUUGAAUACCCUUGGCGAUUAACGCAGCCAUCUAUUAUCUCAAACAUUGUCCUGAUGAAGGGACAAGGCAAGGGUCUUGGAUUCAGCAUUGUGGGAGGGCAAGAUUCUGCCCGAGGACGCAUGGGGAUCUUUGUGAAGACCAUUUUCCCAAAUGGAGCUGCAGCAGCCGAUGGCAGGUUGAAGGAAGGAGAUGAACUCCUAGAAGUUAAUGGAGAGUCUUUACAAGGCCUGACUCAUCAGGAGGCCAUUCAGACAUUUAAGCAACUCAAGAAAGGCGUGGUGACCCUUACGGUACGAACCAGACUUCGCAGCCCAAGCCUUACUCCAUGCCCAACUCCUACGUUACUGAGCCGAUCCAGCUCCCCCAGCUCGAGCACCAGUGGAGGACCACCUUUACCUGGCUGUGAGGAUGCUGAGGUCACCACCCCAAAUCGUAAGGGGCCGGGGCCAAAAGACAGGAUCGUCAUGGAAGUGACUCUCAGCAAAGAACCAGGUGUUGGGCUGGGCAUCGGUGUUUGCUGCCUCACUCUGGAGAAUAGCCUUCCAGGUAUUUACAUCCACAGCUUGGCCCCAGGAUCCGUGGCCAAGAUGGAUGGAAGGUUAAGCCGUGGGGAUCAGAUCCUGGAGGCGGAUUCGGUCAGUUUGCGUCAUGCGGCUCUGAGUGAAGCUUACGCCAUUUUGAGUGAAUGUGGUCCAGGCCCAGUUAGCCUUAUCGUUAGCCGCCAUCCCAAUCCAAAGGUUUCUGAACAAGAGAUGGAUGAAGCCAUAGCACGCACCACACAGAGAGAAAGCAAGGAUGCCACCUCCCCGCACGCCACAGGGAAUCUGCCCAAGAGUCCAUCCCCAAGUGUGAAGUCCAAACAGGCUGAAGCCUCCUCUCCCUUGAGCUGGACAAUGAAGCGCUUCUUGGAACCAGCAAGUCGGCAAGGAUCCAUCAAUUCUGAAACAGAGCUUUCUCAGUACUUCUUGCAGGAUGGUGCAAGCCAGUUGUCCCUUUCAGAGACCACAGUAACGGGGUCCAGUGAUGAGGAGCUGCUCCGUCCCAAGAGUGGUAGCAGCUCCCUAGAUGAGAGCUUUCCUUCUCCUGGCAUUCCAAUUACCAAAGAACCAGGCCUAUGUGAUUCGCCUGCUAGCAGAAACACCUCACCCAGCCCUUUCAGCAAGCCGAGGGAAGCUGCCACUCGCCAUGUUAGUUUCAGCGAUAGCCCCAAAGGGUCUCGUACGGCAUUCCAGAGGCAGAGAAGGAUCGCUUUCUAUGAUGGGGAUGCCAGUGAUGAGGAUGACUUUUCCAAACAAGAUGGGAUCCGAUUUCAGAGGGGGCUGCGGUCCAAAAGCCCAAGGAAGACUGAGGUCAGCUGUGAUGUCACCCUUGCAGCUGCACCAGUAGAAAGUGGUGAUAUGGACCAGGAGAAAGAUUUUGCAACAAAUACCCCCAGUAACCAAACUCCCAGUGGUAUUAGGGGUCCAGCAGAGAGUGCCACGGAGCAGGCAACGGACUCCCCUCUCCUUCCAGUCAAAUUGUGUGAUCACCCAAAUAUGCCAGAGCUUUACCCAGGACACCUGAACUUGAAGGACUUUCGAGAGGCGCAGCUCGAAUUGAAGCGAUCUCCCAAACUGGAGCACAAAGCAGUCACCCGGGUUAAAAGCUUGAUGAGCAUCGAAUACCACGGAGUCCCACGGCAGAAGAGUGAGGAGCAUGGUGCGUGCAGCAGACCCAGUGGGAGGGGGCCUCCCCACGUCCGGAAGAGCGACGUGCAAGAGAGUCCUCUUCGGCAGGGCCACACGGAGGCGAUCACCUUGACGCGGAACGACAAUGAGUCGUUUGGCCUAGAUCUGGAAAUCCAUGCUGUUCCCUUGCGCAUCAUGAUCACAGGCUUGCGGCCAGGCGGAGCUGCUGAAAGGGCAUCAAUGGGGAAACUGGUUCCAGGGGAUGAGAUCCUCUCUAUCAACGGCUUGCCAAUCCAUGGAUGCUCUUACGAGGAGGUCUGUCAAUAUGUACGGUGUCUUCCCACAUCUAUCACCCUGGACAUCCAGAAAGCUGCUUCCGCCAUGAAAACAUCCAUUACUGUUGUAUCUUCGGAGGCCUAUGAGUCAUUUCAGACAGAUUCAAGCAAUAUUCUUAUGAAUGAAGAAGAAAGCAUUUUUGCAAAUCAGAAAGAAUCUUUGAACAGCAAUAACUCAGGUGAUUCGGUAGAAAGGACAGUGUUGCCUUCUGAGAGCAAGAUCAAGGAGAUACUACAAGAUUCUUUUGAAACUGCCUAUACCCAAGACCAUGCGGUGGCACCAUUAGGAGAUGCUGAUAACUUCCUAGGCAAAAGAAACUCCUCAGAAGAAAAAGACACUACAUGUUUAUUAAUCAGGAACAGGUGUUCUAAGGAAGAUACUUCUGUGAGGGUGGAAGAAGAUGAUUCUAAUUCUAAAUUGGAUAUAAUUAAGAAUGAACUUCCAGGAAAAACUUUGAGUCAUGCUACUAACACUCAAGAAAUCUUGGGGUUUUCUGUUUUAGACUCCAUUAAUGCCAGCAAGAUUUUCACUGUGAACCAAAGCCGCUUGAGUAACUAUUCAAGGAAUUUCAGCAGCUUAAAUGAAGAUACCUUGGCUGGGAUGGAGAGCAAAAGCAACACCAUUCCAAAAUCUAUGUAUGCUGCUGCAGAAGAUUCCAGCUCAGACACAGAAUCUGUUGUAGAAACUCCAGGGCUUUCAGGCAGUGCGCCACUUUCACUGUCCACCUGCAACAAAUCCCCGGAGAACCAUAAAGCAAUCGAUUCAGACGAGGAGCAAAUUGAAAUUUGCUGCCUGAAUCAUGAGCUGCAACACUUUCCUCAGAAACAGGCAGUCGUAUCUGCUGCAGAUGCAUUUCAUCCGCCGCCAGAAUGCCAUCCUUCACACAGUGCUUUGCAAGCAGAAAGCAAGACGGGGGUUACUUCUUUGGACGUAACCUAUGGGAAAUUCUCAUUCGAAGAGCCACACUCGCCAAAGCAUUUCAGUGUAGACCAUACAGUUCCAUCUACACCCUCUCAUUCUCUUUCAGAAGUUUCUUCACAAGGGACAGAUAGGUUAGACUGUGAUGAUGCUGUUGGCUGUUUCCAUGAGAAUGGCCUCUUAAAAAGCGGAGAAAGAAUAAGUGUGGAGAGCAAAGAGAGGCUUAUGGAGAUAAAUGAGAUUUCCAGAUGUGCUGCUCAAGACAUGCAUUUGUGCACAACAAAAGCCAUCAGCAGUUGCGACAGCAACCAGUUGGACAAAGAUGGAUGCAAUAAACAACAGCAACUGCCUCUGGAACAAGAUCUAGCAGCAGAUUGUGGCAGUCGCAUGGCUGGUUGUCCUCCUUUGACAAAGAAAGGAACCAAUGGCUCAGCCCACUUGGGCAAGCCAUGUAGUCAUCCCAUGGAGCCUGCAUCACAGAGGAUGGCCAGUAGCCCCAGAUCUCCCCUUCUGACAAAAUCAAAAGACCUGAGUAAGGCCACAGUGGCUCCUGACAUCCUGGGAAAGAAUGACAAGACAACUGCCAUUCCUUUCUCAAAAUGUGUAACCUCAAAAAUCCAAAGUGCUGGCAAAGGUAUUACUGUCCCACACAGCCCAUCCACUUCCAAGAAAUCACAUCACGAAACAAAAGGGAUUCCCCAGAAGAGCAUUACAGAAACUCUUGCUGGUAAUCAACGAAACAAACCAGGGCCUAAGCUGAAAGGUCUUACUAUUAAAAGUAAAUCCAAGAUUCAUUUGGAUGCUCUUAGUGCUGUUCCUGCAAAAGCCGGCGGCAGUGACCAGAAAAAGACUUCACUUCCUGUACAAUCAUCCCCCAGGCUACUUCCAAAGAAAGGCGCAUCCCUUCAUAACUUAGCCACACACUUGGAACCGCCAAGCAGGAGCCUCUCCAUGGGAUCAAGAAUUCUUCAGUUGGAAGAUUCUCCAGAGGAAAAUCAAUCAGCUUUAGCAGUGCCUCAGCGGUCCCCUUCACCUGCCUUGAAUGGUAAUGGCAGUGCUGUGAAAAACAACAAAGAUAAGUCCAUCAACAGUUUGAACCUUGCUGAUGCUGGGACAGCAGAGCAAAAAGAAAUGCAGAUACCAGUUAAGGUAAUUAUGAACAGCGAAAAGAGAGAUAAUGCUGAUUCUGAAGACUGCCACAUUGGAAAAGGCCCAUAUGACAUAAAGGUACAUUCCAGAAUUACACCCGAAGGUGAUUGUCUGAGUGACAGGACUAAGAACCAUGGAAGUGGAAUGAGUUGUUCAGAUCACAAUGGAUGUGAAAUUAAGCCAUUAAGAUCUGAUAGCGUUGGGCCUUUUAAGAAAGAGCCUUCUAGUCCUCUUUAUCCCUCUGUUCAGAAAGAGCAAUCAAGUCAAGAAAUUCAGCGCACUUUCAUUGAGGUCAAACUGUCUUCCUCGGCCUGUUUCAUACCAUCGGCACUAUUUCCAGAAGUGUCUUUGGAGAAAGGGGAAAGUACCAAGACGAAAAUCAACCAGCCAGAAACUGAGGUGCAAAAUUGUAGGCAGAACACUUUUGAGGAGGAAAAUGUGCACAGCACAUUAAAACCUGUAACAAGAACCUAUUCAAUGCCUGCCCAAUUAUCAAACCAUUUGAGAGAAGAGAGCAAUACCAUGGAUGUUCCAGCACAUCAUGUCCAGGAUAUCCUGAACAAUGAAAAGCAUCCACAUACAGAGAUGGGUAUGCUGAAAAUUGUUCAUCUCAGUCUGAUGAACGGCCAGAGAAUUCAAGAUGACAAAGAGACAUGUAAUAAUAUCCCCAAAUCAAGCAGUCAAGAACCACCCAUGGCCAUGGACAAUGGUGGCCGCAUUGCAGAAAAAUUAAAAACAUGCAGGAGGAAUUACUACUAUUAUGAACUUAACUGGCCACAUGAUCCUGUUUCGUCUUUUUCUGUGAAACAGCGAAUUAAAUCUUUUGAGAACCUUGCCAAUUUCGAUAGGCCAAUGGUCAGAGCCAUAGACAUUCAUUCCACCUCUCUCAGUUCUAAACUUCCCAUCGGUAGAAGGUUUUCUGGUGGUGUUUCUGCAGUCUCGGCAACCAGUGUGAAUGAUGCGGUCCAGGCACUGAGACGGAGCUUGAGUUCCUACUGCGAAAGUGAAGUCCUGGCAGCCCCACCAAUGGCAAAAUCAUCAACCAGUGCAGCGUUGACAUGUGUGCGACCCAAUUCCCCUGAGGACAGCAGAGGUGAUCCUCGCUUGGAGAAGAGUGAAAGGUGUGGUGCUUUGCCCCCAUCUGCCCCCAGCGUCCGAAGAAACAAGGCCUCAGGUGGGCACAUCAGACACGCUCCUUUAUCCCGCUCUAAGCUCCGGGAGCUUCGGGCCUUGAGCAUGCCAGAUCUUGAUAAGUUGUGCAGUGGGGAUCUCUCUUUGGAGGCCGAACCCCCCCAUUUCAAAACAGAACUGGAAGUUACACCCUCAGCAAGUUCCCUUGAUCUUCCCAUCGAAAAAAUCUCCAGUCUGAAUGAAUGCACAGAGCUCUCUGGUCUUGUGGCAGGAAGCAGCCAGCAUUCCAGAGAAAGCAGUCCCUGGAACAGCGGCUCUGGUACUCCCGGGUCGGCUUCUGAUGAGGAAGGAUUGCAACACGAUGCAAGCCUGAACAAGAGACACCUGGGGAAGAGCUGGUCCAUCAGCUUGGAUCAGCUCCUGGUUUCUACUCUGGAUCAGCAAAAAUUGCAGCUGGUUUUGUCUUCAGUGACCACAAAGUCAGACCUCGCUUCUUUACUUCGGGAUGCUAAAGUACAAGCAGAGAGCAAAGAAGAUGUUUACUUUGUAGUCCUGAAUAAAGAGGAAGGCUCUGGCUUGGGGUUCAGUGUUGCUGGAGGAGUAGACCUGGAACAAAAAUCAAUCAUCGUUCAUCGGGUGUUUUCCAAGGGGGUGGCAUCUCAGGAAGGAAUAAUCCACCGCGGAGACCUCAUUCUUUCCAUCAACGGCGUCUGUCUGGCAGGAUCCAUGCACGGCGACGUGCUCAAUGCUCUUCACCAGGCAAGGCUCCACAAAUACGCCAUUGUUGUCAUCAAGAAGGAGAGAGACGGCGAGAGCGGGACUGAAAAGUCUACUGGCAAACAAGCCUUAGCAGCUGCAACAAAGGGGAAAGGAGCAGGUCCAUGCGAAGAGCUGAGUGGUGCCAUUUGCAUUGACCUUUUGAAGACUUCUGCUGGCUUGGGGUUCAGUCUGGAUGGAGGGAAAGCUUCCAUCGCUGGAGACAGACCUUUGCUUAUCAAAAGAAUUUUUAAAGGUGGUGCUGCAGAACAAACUGGAAAACUGGAAGCUGGUGACGAAAUUCUUGCCAUUGGAGGGAAAUCCCUGCUUGGACUCAUGCAUUAUGAUGCCUGGAACAUUAUCAAAUCUGUUCCGGAAGGACCAGUUCAGUUGCUUAUCAGAAAGCACCAGCCUCCAGCAUGAUGCGCUUACCUUAAACUUCGACCCUUCCAAGUAAUGUGUGCCAGAACCAUUAGAUGCAUUAUAGGAGACGAACCUUGUUGAUUAAGUGGCAUUGCUGCAGAUUCCAAUGCUUACACCAGCCAGGGAGCAGGGAUGAAGACGCCAAGGGAUGCGCUGCGCCACCGUCUUACAAGUGGCACCUUUCUCCCCUGUUCCAGGAUCAAAGAAAUCAAAGUGCCACAUUCUUUCCCCAGUAAUUUCAUUAAACGUCUGUAUGUCCAAAUAUCCGUUUUGCCAUUCUGGAGACCCCUUAGUCUGCCAUCUAUGUGCAGCUCCACCAAAACAAGGCUGCAGUGCUUAGGGCAGUAUGUUGGAAUCACCACAAGGACCCUGCUUGGAGACAUAAGUAAAAAGACUACUAUAGAGCAUUUGCAGAGUACAGCAGCCACUUUGCCUGUUUUGGGCAACUCCAAAUGACCUCACACAUACAAGACCAUGGGUGAAAGGAAACUUAAAUCUGAGGAUUUGUUGGUGGGGCAAACCUACACUCCAACACCUCUCCUUUUAUAACUCAUUUUCUGGCCAUAUGCAACCUUUGUUUUUACCACAUAGCUGUCACAUAAUCAAUGGCACUUUGUGUAGACUACAUGGAAAAGUCCAGGAGCAUAUACAAAAGGAUUUUAUCUGAAUUUUUAUUGGUGCACUCAGAGGAUUCAAAAAAGUCUUCUUUGCAUCGUACCAGCUGGAAAGAUUAUUCUGGGGACAGUAAGGGAGAAGUUUUGAAGUCUGAGCUCCCAGACUCCUUUCCUGGCAUCUCUGGCUAAAAGCUCAGGGGCUCCAGAGCUGGAAGAACCUCUGUGUGAGAUUCCCGAAGGACUUCAGCCACUCUUCGCAAUAAGACUGGGCUAGAGGAACCAAUGAAGCAGCUUCUGUUUGAGAGCCACUGGCCAGGAAGUGGACCGGGUUCCAUGGUGAUCUCCAUCUCACUUUCCUUGUUAAAGAAGGACAAGUUGCAUAAUUUUCAAAACUGGCAACUCUGUAUUGGGAAAUGUAGAAGACUUUAGCAAAUGUAAAAGUGAUCAUUACUAGCUGUGUGUCUGCCCUUUGUACUUUUACACUUCACAGGUUAAACUCGCCUUCUAGUUUUGACUACAGGAGCAUUCUGACCACCUAGCUGUGAUUUCAGGUCAGCAUGCAUUUAGUGAAAGUAGGAAAAGAUCUGGAACCAUCUUGCCAUUCUUCUAAGUGUUUUUCUUUCAUCAAAAAUGGCAUGAAUUAAGUGUAUACAUUUACAUGCAACCUUGUUCAAAGCAGCAGCAAAAGUGUUUUUCCUUGUUUCCCUAAUCCAGAGGGGUAGACCUGGCCUCUGAAGCAGCCUUCCAUAUAGACAGCAAUCCUGGAUGCAGGUGCGCAUCUGCUGUUACAGAGUGAUGUUCACCUGUGAUCUGUUGAACUGACUGUAUCUUUUAACACAGGUGGGUAUGCACACCUUUAUCCAUACCCAUGGGCUGCUAUUCAUGGCUAGUUUCCUGCUAGAAAGGCUAGAGUGUGGAAGCUGCAUGGAUAGUUCACUGAUCUAAUAAGCAAACAUCAUACUGUAUAAUACACUCAUCAGAAACUCAUACAUACUAACCCUGAAUAUCUCACGCAUCGUCAAAGUACAUCUUUGUCAGCUCAUUUUGGUGUGUAAAUUAUUUUAGGUACGGUGGUUCAAAAUACAGGUUAGAAUAGUGACAUUGCUGUUUUUGGAUAAAGCAGAGGUAAUCAAAAGCAGACAGCAAGAUAAUCCUAAAUAUACAAGGGGGAGAUUAGCUUGUGGGAGGCUUGGCCCUGAAAGAAGGCAUAUAAAUACUGGAAAUUAAAUAAGCACAUAGUUUGCUUUUGUUGCCUGAAACUGCUGUGUCAAUAUUGGGUAGAGCCAACAUUCCAGAAUUAGACAAUUAUGCUAAAGAAGCCUAUCCCAAAGCAUUCCAGCCUUAUAUCCUGGUCUUUAUGUUAUGCAUUUAUUUGAAUAUCUAAUUUACUUGAAUGAGGCAAUUCUAAUCAAGCCGUCCUCUCUUCCCUUCAUUCAAGUAUACUUUUAGUGCUGCUUCAUUGACAUUCAUGCAGCAAAAUUAUCUUUGCCACUCCUUUUAAGGAAAAUAAAAUAAUCACCCAGGCCAACUAUAGUGCCAGCUAUAAACCUUGCACCCUGCUUUGAAGUGAUGUGUCUUUAAGACCAGCUAAUGUUCACCCUCCCUAAUCUCAGAACUCCACCUGCUACUGCUAGGCUGUCUCUACACAAACCAGUGAUAAUGCCUCUGAUGCAACACUUUGCUGCUUUGACUCUGCACCUGUGUGGUACAUUGCGGCCGACUUACUUCGUCCUACGGGACUCGUUUAGAACUGUGGAGUACAAUGCUAGAUCCUGGGAAGUUUCACUGGCAAGGGGGAGAGAUAUGGGGGGGGGGGGAUUGGGCUUAGACAGUAUAGGCUGGGUUCUAAUCCUCACUACCUUGAGGCUGUCAGCCCAACCAACCUCACGAGAUUGUUGUGAGAAUAAAGGAGGAGGAAAAGGACUGUGUACACUGCAUUGGGCUCCUUUGAGGAAAGUUGAGAUAUGACCCAUUUGGUAAAUGCUCUCAUCAGACCAUCUGGCUGCCUUCUAUUUAUUUUCCAGGGCUUAGGUCUGACAGUUCAGAAGAUAGGAUGGAUUGUCUCUUAUAUACAUAUACAGUUCCAUUAUUACAAUUUGCAAUAUUUUAAUUACCACCAAAGCAGAGUUAAUUUUGUGCUUUUUUCUAAUCCAGUAUUUAAGGUUUAUUAAAAUGCUGAUUGCAGCAAGCAACCAAAAGUCUUCAUCCUCAAUAAGGGUGCAUUAAAACACAGGUGUUUCAUAUGUACUCCCACUAUCAGGAACUUGACUUGGAUCUGGAAAAGAAGCCGUAAUAUAUUGUAAUUUUAUAGACAUUUGUUUGGAAGUACGAGUCAAUACAGGAGAAUUAUUUAAACCAUAUUCAAAAUGUUUACAGACCAUCUGUUUGUCAGAUACAAGCCUACACCAAAAGUGAGAAUUAUGUAAUAAAAUGCUGAAUGCAGUGUGAGAUUCAUGGCAGAUGUAAUUUCUAUGCUGACUUGUUACCCUCUUCUGGAUAGAAGUGGUCUAUUUAUUUUGCUUUAAUAACUAUAAUUUUUGGUGGAUCAUAGCAAACUCUGGAUGCUUUCCUUGAUGCAAUUGACCUGAAAUUCCCAUGUUACAAUUUCUGUGAGCCUGUGUGAAAGACACAUUCAUAUAAUAAGAAACCCAUUUUCUAGGAGACCAGUUUAGUAAGGAAAUUAGGGGUUGCAUCCAGGUAUGCCUAGUGAAUAGGUGGAUGCUACAGGUCAGGUCAGCACAGGGAUGAUGCAAGGGGUUGCUGGGGGCCAGGGGAAUUGGAUUGAUCUGCUGCCCUGCCUUUGACCUCUAGAAGGAGGUGUCCACUGGACACCAGUUCCUCAUCAAUCAGAAAUUACGUUUCCACUUUAUAGAAGGGUAGUAGUGUGAGUCAAACUGCAUGGGUCAGAUGCCACAAAUUUUCAUCUUUGGUGAAAGAAACCAAAUUGAUGUGUACAGUUCAUGGAAAUUAAGUUGAACUUUGUGGGAACACUUGGUAGAAAACUAGACUCGCAGGCCUCAGCUGCUCAAACAGCUGAUGAUAUUGUAAACUUGCCCUUGGAUUAUUUAAUUUCAGACUGCUGCAAAAACGUAUUCAGAAAAAAAGUAUUUCUUGCAAGUCGAAAACUAGAUGUCAAGAAGAAGGUUCUAGCCUUGUCAUCACCUUGACAUGGUACCUUUCUCUCUGUAGGGUGGGUUGUGGGGGGUUGGUUCUUCCUGUGAAGCAUACAGCAGUGGGAUUGAACCACCUGCCUUCAUCCCUGUAAUCUGACAUGGUGCCAUGCAGUCCCAGGUUUACCGCCUUGCUUACGCUUGUGUGAAGCGGGCCACAAUGGGAGCUCUGUUUGUGUGGUCUUUUUAAGUAUGACACACGACUUUCUGUAUGAUAUUGUAUAGUGACACCACUAUUUAUAUAAAUAUAUAUCCGUCAUGUUGAGAACAUUUUUUAAAUGCCUUGUUGUAAUAAGAGAAGUGCAAUAAUGGAAACUAGACUGUACAUUUUCCAGAAGUUGCUUUGCCCCAUUUCUGUAAAUUGGCAUCCAGUAAAAUCCUUCUCUUUUCUUUCACUAUGGUAUUUUUUAGUGAUUUUUGAAAAUAAAUAUGAUGCUUACUA